AUGGGCCCAGUACCUCCCAGUGACCCCCAGUCAGCAUCCAUUUAUGCCUGCUGUAAUCCCAGUGGCUCCAAGGAUGAUCCCAGAUUUCCCAUUCCCAAACCUUGGCGAGAUGGAAGAGGAGGCUGUGAGGAAGACGAAGAUGCCCAGGACAGCCAGGCAGGCAAGGAGCUGAGGAUGGAGACCAGGGAGGACAAAUCCCUGCAGCAGAACCUCGUGGAAGAGGCCAUUUUGAGUGGCUCCACCGUGCAGGAAUCCAAAAGGGAGAAACAGUGCAGGAGAUCCUACAGGAGGAAGGACUCCAAACCCAUCCCAGGGUGCACUGAGGGGGAAAAACCCACCCUCUGCCAGGAAGGUGGACAGAGCUUCAGCCAGUGCAACACCACUGUCCAGCACCAGAUGAUCCACUCUGGGGAGAGGCCCUACGAGUGUCCCAAGUGUGGGAAGAGGUUUCAGACCAGCUCCAAUCUCCUCAAGCACCAGCAGAUUCACACAGAGGAGAGGCCCUUCCACUGCCCCGACUGCAGGAAGGGCUUCAAGCACAACUCCACCCUCAUCACCCACCGGCACAUCCACACUGGGGAGAGGCCCUACGAGUGUGGGGAAUGUGGGAUGAGCUUCAGCCAGAGCUCCAGCCUGAUCCGCCACCAGAGGAUCCACACCAGGGAACGGCCCUACGAGUGUGAGCAGUGUGGGAAGAGCUUCAGCCAGCGCUCCCACUUGAUCCGCCACCAGAACAUCCACGCUGAGGAAAGGCCAUACAAGUGUGGGGAAUGUGGGAAGGGCUUCAACCAGAGGUCCCAGCUGAUCAUCCACCAAAUGAUCCACACUGGGGAGAGGCCCUACGAGUGUCCUGAGUGUGGGAAGAGGUUUCAGACCAGCUCCAAUCUCCUCGUGCACCAGCGGAUUCACACAGAGGAGAGGCCCUUCCGCUGCCCCGACUGCAGGAAGGGCUUCAAGCACAACUCCCACCUCAUCACCCACCGGCGCAUCCACACUGGGGAGAGGCCCUACGAGUGUCCCCAGUGUGGGAAGAGCUUCUCAGACAGCUCUCACUUGACCAAACACCAACAGAGGCACCAGUAAGGGAAGCCC